AUGUCCUCUCCAGACCAAGAAACCAACUUCCAAGAAGUCGCAGACUCCCUCUCCGAACAAGUCCAGUCAAUCUCCGGGUCCACGAUCGACAUGUCCGAGAUCAAGGAGAAAGCUGGCGCAGCGAUCGAUGGCGCGAGGGAGCAGGCGGAGGCGGCGGUGGAGAAGGUUAGAGAAGAAGUCGGGGUUGCGAGUGAGAAGAUUAAUGCGGGAUCGGAGGUAGCGGGUAAGAAAGUCGAGAAUUUCGCGGCGGGGUUGAGGAGCAGGGUUCCGGACACGUUCAAAGCGAAGCUGAACCACCUCGUAAGGAUGCUAUCGACUUUGUCUGGCCACGACAAACUCCUCAUGCUCAUCCAAUACUCCCUAAAACUAAUCAUCCCACACCUCCACCGCCCCCAACGUAUCAUCAUGCUCCUCCUCAACUCCGCCCCAACCCUUGUCAAAGUCGACGCACCAACCCCCCUCGCCGUCCGUCUCCGCAAACUAUCAGACCUCACCUCCGAUUAUCGCAUCUUUCUCCGUCUCCUCGAUUUCCCGAGCGCGGUACAGUGGGUCUUGGCGGAUGACCACACACCCUUGACAUUCAUCCAAUCCAUCGCGAAUCUAUGCUACUACCCCCUCGAACACACCGCUUUCCUCGCCUCGCACAACAUUCUCCCGAUCUCCCCGCGCACACAAUCCAAACUCUGGCUCUACGCCUGCCGUUUCUGGGCCGCGUACGUGAUUCUCGAUCUUUAUCGACUUUUCCAGCAACGGAAGACGGCGGCAACGGAGGAGGAGGAGAGGGGGUGGAAGAGGGAGGUUAUGGUUAAUGCUGGGUAUGCGCCGUUGACUGUGCAUUGGAGUUUGGAGGGGGGGUUGAGGGGGUUGGGGGAUGAGGGGGUGGGGUUGUUUGGGACAGUGGCGGCGGUUGGGCAGUUGGCUAAGGCUUGGAGGGCUGUUGCUUAA